CCUUCCCCUUCCUCUCUACGCAUCUCACGUUUUCUGUCGGUGCGUUUCGUUUCCCUCCGUCUCCGGUCGGAGGAAACAGGAUUUUGUGCUGCGUGCAACUCGGUCAUGUCAAGCAAAUGUUGUGCUGUGGCAGCGAUUCGGAAAACCUUGAGGACUGCAGGCCAGACUCGGCACCUGGACGCUGCAGUCUGGUGAACAUGUCACGUAUCGGGAGGCCAGGCUCCGGCCUCUACGAGAUGCUGACGACAAUGAUCCGUGCGAACAUCGAGUACUUCAGAGAAGUGGAGACGGAGACGGGAAGUAAAAUACUCGCGCACCUGAACUCGAUGCAAGAACUGCUGCAUUGGGUCGAAGACUCUGCUUACAGAAUAUCGAGUUCAGCGCACCUGUUUGACUUCGACUCGGAGACGCCUGCGAACGGCUUUCGAAGUAUCAUCACAGUCGUGGAUCGGUUCAUCUUCUUGGCUGCCAAACUAUGCAGAGCGCUGCAAAUGAAGCGCGGUUCGCCGUUUUUUCGAGGGGAAAGUUUCGCGAAGGAAUUAGGCGACCACGUCGGCAUCUUGCGCGGCCUGAAAGUCGGCAUGUCCAUCCUGGAGCAGAUGAUGGAGCACACGGAUAAAGGCAGUCUGUUCGUGGAUGAAAACAUGAAGUUUAACGACUUGUUUAAGGAGUUUGACAACUUUGACCCCACAUCCUUCUACGGCCGCUGCAUGGGAUUUUACUUUUGCGAUGCUAUCAGGCGGACACUACGUAAAGGCCAUGCUGUUUUGUCAGCCUACAGGGACCACUAUUACCAAACUGGUAGCAACUUUGGAAGCACCACAACGUUGAUCUGGAGGUUCGGAAAAUACAGCAUGGAUACAGAACUGCGAGCCAAGCAGAUGGUGGAAAUGCGCAAGAACGUCCACACCGAUUUUCUCAAAUCUAUGUGGUCACUUAAUGAGCAGGUUCUUCUUAAGAAAGUGAACAAGUUUAUUUCUUCGUCGCUGCAAGUUUGCUGCGAUGUAGUGGUUCCUCUUGAACGUCUGGGCCUGCCAAAGGUCGACGAACCGUCCACUCUUGUAGAGAUCCCUUUUCCCUCAGCUCAUGGUCCCCCUGCUCCUGUACGAUGCCGGCUACUGUCAUCUGCAGUUAGAGAUGGAAUGCAAUCACUGCUGCCAAGCAACCUUCUCAACUCGUCUGAUGUCCUGCCACCUUCUCAUGGUCUCAUAUUGCAUUUUCAUGGUGGUGGCUUCAUUGCCCAGUCUGCUGAGUCCCACGAGAUCUACCUGAGGGACUGGGCUCGUCUGGUUAACGUACCAAUUCUCUCAGUGGACUACUCCUUGUCGCCAGAGUACCGUUAUCCACGGGCAUUGGAAGAAGUGGCCUUCGUGUAUGGCUGGGUUCUCAACAACUGCCACAAGCUAGGUUGGACUGGUGAGCGCAUCUGCCUAGCCGGGGACAGCGCGGGUGGCAACUUGUGCCUUGCACUGAGCCUCAGGAUGAUACAGCUGCAGUUACGCUGCCCUGAUGCCAUGUUCUGUGCAUACACGCCAGUCAUGCUCAACGCUCAUCCGUCUCCAUCCAAAGUGCUCACGUGCAUGGACCCACUCAUACCACUCGAGUUUCUUCUCACCUGUGUUCACGCCUAUGUUGGUGUGGAGCCACACGAUACGAGGCAGGACACAAGACACACGCAUGGCAUUCACACAGCAGUGGAGGCAUUGUCAUUAGUAUCCGGUCAGGGACACGAGACUGCAAGCGAAACACCGCAUCUGAAAGCAAGCGUGCCCUCUGAAGAGCCCAGGAAAGAACAACCGUCCCCUCAACACGUAGAUCAGCCCAAGAGUCAGAAUGAUUUGCUCCAGGACUGUACAGACAGUGCUUCUCUGCCAGCCACGAAUGGCAUAGAAGUGAAUGCCGGAGAGGAGCACGUUAUAUUUGAGAUUCCUGCUGACCUGUCGGCAUCGUUGCGGCGUAAAGCAGCAGAAAUGAGCAAGCAAAGUUUGGAGAAAGUUUCGGGCCCUGCUUCUAGAAGACGGCCUCCCAAGACUCGUCGUGAGGCACUGCCUUGGUUUCAUCCGGAAAAUCCAUCUAGAUUGAGGAUUCUGGAGGCACUGGUGGCUCGAGCAGAGGACCCACUGAUGACACCAUACUUGGCUUCAGACGAUUUGUUGAGGAAAAUGCCUCCUGCCUUCUUUUUGUGCCUUCAUCUCGACCCAACUUUAGAUGACAUGAUCAUGUUCGCCAAAAAGUUACGUGCCCUGGGCUGCCAAGUAACUAUCAAAGUGCUGGAUUACCUUCCACACGGGUUUCUUAAUCUCUUUCCUCGUGGAAACGAGGCCCAAGAAGGUAUCCAGUGCUGUGUCAACAUGCUGCGGGCUGCCCUUCAUAUGGAGACACUGGGUGGCAAAUGAGUAUUUUUGAUACACCCACUAUACAGCCAGCAGUUGCUUAACAUUAAGGGUGGUUUUUAUGGAGCCAAUCUUAUACAGAGACUAGGAAACACUCUAGACGAGUGCAUCACGUAAACACUUGCAUCACUUUUGAACGUAAGAGGCCUUUUGUAUCUAUGAGGAUUACUAAAGCAUUAUAUAAUUGUUGGCAAUUUACACUGAAACUAUGCAUUUCCUUGGAGAGGCCAAAGUGGUUGGAGGAUUGCAAUUCUUUGUAUGAUUUAGUGCAGUACUUGUAUUUUGAAAUGGUGUAGGUUGGUCUUUAAACAGACAGAAGCUUACAUAUCGCUGCCAGGAAUUGUUACUGCUAACAGGGUGUCAUGUAAUGCCUUACCACGUAAAACUGACCUGCCUAGGAGUGUCUACCAACUAUUGUUGCCUAUGAGCAAAUGUCCUUGCUAUUUUAUGAUCCAGUGAAGGGUGUAAAUAUCACGUCAUUCACGCACACUUUAAUUAGGAGAGAGAUGUUUUUGUUACCGAGAGAGCCUUCCGAACGAGAAAUAGAAUGAGAAAUUAGGUAGAAGGAGAGCUUGGGAACCUGGUAAACACUUACCUUUACAGACAGUACCAGACAGACAGGGAUAAUAGAAAUCAGGACAACACUCAGUGCUUUUUGUUUUCCUACUGUCCUGGUUGGUUUUUAACUGUUUGUAUAAAUGAAUGUUUGUCACUCACCUAUUUCUCUGUCCCUGUUUCACAUUUUGUCAGUUACAGCCAUACUGUUGUAGUGUAAUUUACAUUAGCUUUCAUAUCAGCUGGAUUGCGGUUGCAAGGUUGACUUAAGUGUUCACGAGUCAGGCUACGUUGAGUGAUUAGCAGGGUAGGUUGAUUUGUUCGGCCAAUUAUGUGUGCGCAGUCAAGCUGGGCUGUCUGGUUGGACUUGAGACAAGAACAAGUUUGUGACCAUGGUCUCACUGUGGCCUCAUCACUGCUUCGAUGCAACCUCAUAGUUGAGAUUACGACUGCUUGCCUCAUUCUUGGCAACAUUGCAUCACCUGUCAUGGCGCUGGGCCAUCACUAUAUACAUGACUCGGCUUUUGCUAGAGUCACGUCUUUGUGAAGGCAUUGAGGUAGCACAAGCUUUCUUGACUGAACACCUGGCUUGACCUGCUUCUGAUAGGUUCGUGUUGGUCUGCUGGGUUGGGUUGCAACCGUCCCGUACUCUAAAACUGAGAGACAGGUUCGGCUUGAGACAGCGCCCUGUGUGGUGUGUAGCCAUGUUCAGCAAUGAAGGCAGUGCACCACCAUUCAUUUUUUUUUUCUUGGUUGUUUUAGCAAAAUAAUUUUUAUUCUCUGAAUAGUCAGCAUACAGCUCCUGUACAUACAUAACAUCUCUUGUUAUGUGACACGUGUUGUACUUUAGCAAAUUUCUUGGCUGGCACUUUGGUCAGGAAGUCUUGCCUAUGAGUCAAAGUAAAGUUAACCUUUGUUGUUCUAUAUGUUACCUUGUCAGAGAUAUGUGUUAUGAUGAGUAAAUUGAAAUGUCAUCACAUCCCUCUACCACACCCCCAUUUCCUGUGGUGAUGUUGUAGCAGAGCAUGUUUACUUCGUUUUCAUAAUUUUAUCCGUCACUCGUGUCACACUAUGUUUUGUGGCACCAUUGCCUGUUUUUGUAACUGUUUAAACUAGGUCAUAUACUCGUAUGGAUUGACACACUUCUCAAAUGAUUUUUGAAGAUACUUGCGGCAGACAACACAACAGUCGGUGUUGCCGAUAAUGAACUUUCACUGCUUCUACAGCCAAGUGACACAAAACCUGAAUGAAUAUGAGACUCGGAACGCUCCAGCUUCAUGCCACAUGGCCGUAAGGAGCAGUGGUUAUCACGGCAUCUGCUACGCUCUGAACAAAUCAGUCUUUAGAUUUUAAUGGUUUCUCACAGCUGCGUUAUUGUGCAGGAAAGACAAGUCAAGGCAAAUUACUUACUCGAUAUGGGGACUGCUAAGAUCUUCCUAAAUAUUGCUCAUGGCACUAAAAAAUGUUCUUGUUAAGUGCUCUUGUUGCCAUGGUGCUGUGUGGUAUUGCUAGCAAGGGAUGUCAUCCCUGCACACUGUGCAACUGCAACUUGCACAACGAAUGUCACAUUUGUGGUAGUUUUUGCGUAGUUUCGUUGCAAUCGUCUUGGGUCUUCAUGCACCCCGCUUUGCUGACCUUAUUACUGUAGGUUUCUGUUGUUUCACACAGAAGCAUCUCCGAGUGUACAACAGGCGAGAUGUCGCUGUUAGUGUUGUGACGCGGCUAAGAUUAUCUCUACUCUGCCUUAAAGUGCUCACAUUGAAUGUCGCAGUGCGUGUGAUGACACCUGUACAUUUACAAUAUUGAGUAGUUCCUAACCAGUUGUUUUCAGUUUUCUUUUUUGUGCAUUUGUUGUUACAGCUGUGCUGGUCACUAUUCGCUGUAGUGGUUCACCUCCUGCUUCUUUGUUAGUCUUACUUAAAUGAGCAAUGAACAGUCAGUAUUAGGUUUUGCUCAAAGUCAUGCUCAAAGGAUGCAGUGCACUUUUUUGGCAUGGCAGGCUACCUUCUUUAUGUACACUCGUACUAUUUGGCUAUUGUUAAUAUCAGUACGCACAGUUGCAAUGACAUUUUCAUGUUAUGAACAAGGUGUACUGCAUAGAAUACUUAUGUAUCCAAAGACAUUUUGUACUUUGAAAGGUGUAUAAACUGUCCAAGCACA